GAUCUGUCAAAUCAAUCGUGAUUUGCGAUUGGAUUGUUCGUGGUCGGUCGGGCAUAUUUUUGUCGUCUUGUACAAAAUCAAGAAAUUAUGCAUCAUUAUUUCGCAUUGCGGUACUGUGUUAUAGUGCAUUAGUUUUUCAUUCUGUUUUGUAUAUAAAAUAAAUAAUAAAUCACGUCAUAAAAGUCGUCGUUUCAUAAUAUUGGUGGUAUUGGUACCUAUUAUUUGAUUAAUUUUUAUCGUAAACAAAGUAAGAUAGUUAUAGCUAUUUUUUCUUUGAAACUCUUUCAAAAGUAUGAAUCCCUGGAUUGUUAAAUAUAACGCGUGAAGUAGUAUAAAAUUUACUGGCGAAUUUCGCUAAAAAUGGCUGAUAUGAUACGUGCGAUGGGGGCUCCAAAUGGACCCCCUGUAAAGGAUAAGUUAGGAUCGCCUUCUACUGAAUCGGAAGGCGGUGGUGAUAUAGCAGAACUUGCAGCUGACUUGGAGUUAGAUGAAGCAGAUGGACCCAGUACUAAUGGAGAGAGACAAGCAGUUUUGGCACCUCCUGAGACUGAGUGGUACCAUGGCCGGCUUGACCGCUAUACCUCAGAGGAAAGAUUGUGGGCAGCAGGGAAAUUAGGCAGUUAUCUGGUCCGUGAAAGUGAUAGGAAGCCUGGAUCAUAUGUUUUGAGCUACCUGGGUCGCACUGGGAUUAACCACUUUAGGAUAACAGCAGUAUGUGGCGACUACUACAUCGGCGGCCGUCAGUUCGAUUCCCUGGCGGAAUUGGUCGGAUUCUACAGUCAUUGCUCGGACUUACUGAAGCGGGAACGGCUCGUGGAACCGGUGCCCCCUCCCGAGCCUGUCAACGAUAAGAAGAGAGUUGUGGCUAUACUUCCAUACACGAAAAUGCCCGAUACAGACGAAUUAACCUUUCAGAAGGGUGACAUUUUCUUCGUACAUAAUGACAUGGGCGAUGGCUGGCUGUGGGUCACUGCACAUAGAACCGGUGAGCAAGGAAUGAUCUUCAGGGAGUUGGUGGAAGACCUCGACCCGUCUAUCGAUCCGAACACAGUAUUCUCAUGGUUCCAUCCCAAUUGUACCAAAAGCGAGGCAGUUGAUAUGCUCGUAAAGGCCGGGCCGGGGAGCUUCCUCGUGCGACCUUCGGACAACUCCCCUGGGGACUACUCCCUGUUCUUCCACAUCAACAAUCAGAUCCAAAGGUUCAGGAUCGAGAAGAAAGGCGUCAGGUACCUGAUGGGUGGGCGCACCUUCGAGUGUUUGGACGCGGUGAUAAAUAGAUACAGGAAGGAGCAGAUUGUAGAAGGACAUACUUUGGGACAGCCGCUUAUAGCGGAGGGGCAUGUGAUCGAGCCACAACAGAACGCCACAGGCGCCGCCGCCGAGAAAAUAUAUGCGACAUUGCGCGAGUGCAGAGACCAAAUCGGCCUUAAAAAGAUGAAGGGCAUAAAGCACCAAGGUUACCUCAACAAGAAAUCUGACAAAGCUGCCAAAAAAUGGAAGGCCUUAUACUUCGUUCUCCUUCAAGAAGGAACCGAUACGCAUCUCUAUUUUUACGAUUCGCCGAAACGCACGAAGCCGAAGGGACUCAUCGACUUAUCAUGCGCAUAUCUUUAUCAGGUACACGAGUCACUAUGGGAGCGCGAAUUUUGCUUCCAGCUAGUAGAGCGCGCAUUACCGUGUCUGUCCACUCACACGUUCCUGGCGGCCAACAGUGCGGCGGAGGAACGCGCCUGGCUCGAAGCUCUGCGGCCCUUGUGCGUGCCGCAGCAGGCGAGGCAUCAGUGCAAGGUGCCCCGCGUGGUGUGGCUGCGCGCGCUGCGCGUGCGCUGCCUGACGGCGCACCGGCUGCCCGCGCGCCUGGCGCCGCGCCCGCACCUGCGCCUGGCGCUGGGCGCCGCGCCCGUGGCGCGCACGCGCGCGCGGCCCUCGCCCGACCCGCACUGGGACGACGAGUUUGUGUUCGAUGACGUACCUCCAGAUGUAACUUCUUUCACCAUCACUGUUCACAAUACGGGGAAACGUGGCAAAGAAUCAGAGGUGGCAGAGUUGACAAUUGAACUGGCAAAUCUGGCCAACGGUGAAGAGAGUGAAGAAUGGUAUCCACUGGCCGGCAUGACGCCGAUAGGAGAGUGGGGAUCGCUCAGAUUACGUAUAAGGUAUAUGCAAGAGUUGGUGAUGCCGCGCGAGGAAUACAAUCCAUUACGUCAAUUACUAUUGGAACCCGGUUUGCCCGCCGUAAAAGCCUUAGCCGAGAUGUGUAGGACUGAUAGGCAACCACUUGCCACUUCGAUCCUCCACGCGUUCACGGAGUGCGGGCGCGGCGCGGAGCUGGCGCGCGAGCUGGCGGCGGCGGAGGUGGCGCGCGAGGCCGACCACCGCGCCAUGUUCCGCGCGGCCUCGCUGGCCACGGCCGUCGUCGACGAGUUCAUGCAGGCGCAGUGCAAGCCCUUCCUGCAGGCCGCCAUAUCGGAAACGAUCCAGAAGUUGAUCGACUCAAAGCAAUCAGCGGAAUUGAACCCCACCAAGAUGGACUCGCCCGACGACGCCUGCAACAAUGCUGAAUUCUUACUCAUGGUUCUCGAUCAGAUAACGCUGUCGAUCUUCACGUCGCCGGAAGCGUGUCCGCGGCCGGUGCGGUACCUGUGCGGCUGUCUGCAGCGCGCCGCCGUCGCCAAGUGGCCUAACGAGAGAUUUGUCCGCACCAGGGUCGUAUCCGGCUUCAUCUUCCUCCGGCUGAUCUGCCCGGCGCUGAUCUCCCCGCGGGCGUGGGGUCUGGUGACGUCCUCGCCGCCGCCGCACGCGCAGCGCUCGCUGCUCAUGGUGGCCAAGUGUCUGCAGAACCUCGCCAACCUCGUCGAGUUCGGAGCCAAGGAGCCUUAUAUGGAGGUUGUGAACCCAUUCAUUCUUAAGAACAAGGAACGCAUGGUGGUGUUUUUGGAUCAACUAAGCUCUGUGCCCGACCCCGGCAACGCACCGCAUAAUUCAAAUAAUAACUUUGAUAUUGCGAAAGAACUGGCGACCCUCCACCACAUUUGCGUGUCGCACCUCACCGAGCUACAGGGCCUGGGGAAGAGCCAGCCGGCCAUCAGGAAACUGGUGACUGUCACCGAGAUGCUCACCAAACACAAGCACAAGUACCUCGAGAUGAUCAGAUAGGACACAGGGUAAUGUGCUUCGUAGACAAGCGGUAGAGUUAGUCAUAAGUCCUCCGGCUUAGGAUAAGACACUAUACCUUAGUCGUAUACGCAUAGUCAUUGUUAGCUUUAGCCAUUAUUUAGCAUUAUAUUAAUAAGCAUUUUAUAUUUUCCAUUCAUUUGUGGGCUUCCUUGUGCCAAAGUUUUGGGCUUAAUCAGCUUACAAGAAGCGAAAUGUAGUAGAACUGCUGUCACCAAAAUAAAGAUAUACUUACCGAUAAGACUUACUUGUUUUAAAGGAGUUAUAAACAUUCUAUACGACAUCUUAUUCAAGCCUCUUUGUUUUGGUGUACUGCAGACUUUAAGUUUGUAAGUUUGAUUUAUAUUUAAAAUUAUUUUGAUAUGACUUACUUUUUUGUAUUUGUACACCUUGUGUAAGGCCUCUGUUUACGAAUUAAGUAGCAUUUAUUUGCGUAUUAAUAUAGCUCUCUAUAUUAGAAUUAAAUAUUUAUUACUUUUAUUUCCAACCAAGGCUACAUCUGAAUUUUUACACGUUAACUGAAAUCGAUGAGAUGUGUAAACUUAAGUCAAAAUAAGAAAAUAAUUGCACUAAUUUAUCUUUUCAUUACCUUGAAAAACCUUUUAUAAAAUAAGCAACCGCAAAAUUAACAUUGUUUUUUUUAAAUUGAGUAUCUUGAAGUGAUCAUCAAUCAAUCAAAUGAAAUAAUCGUUCAAUACUUACGUAUGAUCGAUCUUAUUUAGAAUUUAUAUUCAAGUAUUAUAUACAUAAGUAAUGCAUUAUUAGCAUUAACUCUAGUUGUAGUCUUAGGAUAACAUUUGACCAUCACUCAUGAGACACCAAAAAUGUACUAGUGAAAGUAUGAAUGUGAUAGUUGUUCGCGUCGUAGGAUGGUGUUCUUCGAAUUAGACAUUUGAAUGUGACAAUGCACUUACAUUUACGCAGUGCACCGUGACUAUAAUUAUUGAUUCUCUGUGAUAAUUAUUAAUUAUUUCUUCUUGAAUAAUAAUUGCAUUUUUGUACUGUGAUUUUAUUGAUUUUGAAUUGGUAUUUACAUUUUUCUAUUUUUCACUUGUUGCUUUUAAGGCCAUGUUGUGCUUGGUGACAGUGGAAUAAGCGCUAUAAUAAUCUAUUCUGUUUAAUGUUGUCACAAAUAUAUAACCAAAACUUGUUUACUAUCACCAAGAACUUUUUGGCAUAUAGUAUUUUGAAUAUACCAGUGGGCCGUUUUGAUACAUUAUCCGAAUGAGCCGGAGACGUGUAAUCUAUGAGCUCCUCUAUAAGUACAGUAUACCACUUUUGCAAUUUAUGUACAUGUACAAGUUACAAUGUACCUGUGCAGAAGUCUAUUUUUGGUUUGGCUCGUAAAAAUAUUUGACCCUUUCAGAGCGCGCCAUUUGAACCCGUGAACUGUCCACUAUUAUAAGCCAGAUAGCAGACUAUAUUUUGUUUUUGGAGUUUAUGUUCAAUAUACUUGCAAUAAGGUCGUUAUUUUAUUGAGUUAUGAUUUGGUUGAUUCGGCGGUAGGCUGCGCUAUUCUGCCCCAUAUUGCCGAUGCGUCUCAAAAGUGGUAGUACUUUACCUACAAACAAAGCUUUUAUAAUGUGGCCCACUGUACUCGUACUAUAUUGUUUUUGACGUCACUAUGAUACCUUACUGGGCUGAGCCAUUAUGUUGUCGUUAAGUUAAAAUUCAGAUGAUAUUGUCGCUUGAAUAUUAUACAUUGAUUUGUCACAUUUCUUGCUCAAAUGACCGUUUAGUUGUUGGUGGUUCAUAUUUAUAGUGCCAUAUAACUGUACUUAUUUUUAUUGUAUACCCGGCCUGGCUUUGCACGGUGUCUUUUGAAGAUUGUUUUGUAUUUUUAACACAAACAGAACAACCUUUUAAAAAUUGAAUACACCUUCAAAAGAAAAGAAAGCUAAGAAAAAGAGGCGGGCGGCGGGUCAGGGUGACUUUGUGUUUUACUGUGUCGUGAUAAAUGUCAGUUAUACAUCACAAUUUUUUUAAGAACAUUUAAGCUUGAGCCUUUUUUGUCUUUGGUUAAAGAUUUUUGGAACUUCAUGGUAUUUUAUAAUUUAAAUAGAAGCAUGGCAUUGUAUGCUUUGUUGAUUGCGAUGUUUUUUUGGUUUACUCAUAGCAUUGAUUUAUACAAAUAAUUUAAUCAGCACUAUUAUUUAUUUACCAAAUCCAUGAUAACUUCUUAAAAUAUAAACUGAUCAUACAGACUGCCAUAGACUACGAACUAGUAGAGAACAUCAAAGCAUCGAAUUCAGAACAUUCAUAUUUAUUUGCCUAGAGUUAGCUUGUAGGCGUUGUGAAUGUGUCGCGCCGUAUUUAAGUGAAUUAUUUAGCUUAUGAUAGGGACAAUGUCUAGACUGAUUUACGCUCCAAUUAGAUGUGGUAGUAAUUAUUAAAGUAAUGCACUAGAUUUUCCAAGAAAUUGUAACAAAAGGUGAUAAUAUUGCAAUAUUUCGGCCCAAUCGAUAUGAAAAUUUUUGAUACUAAAUUUGGAGAUAAACCAUUAGAAAAAACAAAAUAUUGACCUGUUAAAUUUUUGAAACGUUUUACACACUGUUUUAUUUUUAUUAUUAAAGAAAGUAAGUAUUGAAUUACAGCAUUGGGAAUUGUAAUAUUUAGCACACAUGCUCAGUUAACUGCCACAUUAUUAUGAUUAAAUUUUAAUAACAAAUUUACUUGAAUUU